UCUUUCCGUUUUGGCAGUAUUUCUGUCGACGUGGGAAACAGGAGCCGAAUACACACACACACACACUUUCAAGUUAUAUGAGUACACAAUUAAACACACUUACACACAAACGCACAAAGUGACAUGCGAAAUACAUGCGCGUGCCGACAUGUGGCUCAAACCGGAAGAGGUGCUUUUGAAAAACGCGCUGAAAUUAUGGGUGACGGAAAAGUCCAACGAUUAUUUCAUCCUGCAGCGGAGGAGAGGCCACGGAGACAGCAGCGCAGGACUGACAGGUCUCCUGGUCGGGACGCUGGACACAGUGUUUGACUCCACAGCAAAAGUAGCACCAUAUCGCAUUUUACACCAAACACCUGAUUCACAGGUGUACUGGAACAUCGCUUGUGGUGCAUCCCUUGAAGAGAUUUCUCAGCACUGGGAUUGGCUACAGCUCAACAUUAUGAGAACUCUCUCUGUAUUUGAUUCUGGAGAUGACAUCACCAGCUUUGUUCAGGGCAAGAUUAGAGGGUUAAUUGUGGAGGAGGAUAAGGUGAGUGAGGCGGACCCUGAGCGGUUCCGUGAGGCUGCGCUGCGGUUCGAGCGCUUGUUCAGUUUACCAAAGAAGGAAAAACUAGUCACUUACUUCUCCUGCAGCUACUGGAAGGGGCGUGUCCCAAAUCAGGGCUGGAUCUACCUCAGCACUAACUUCUUGUGUUUCUACUCCUACUUACUGGGCAAUGAGGUGAAGUUGGUGUUCUCCUGGUGUGAGGUCAGCAGGUUGGAGCGGUCCUCGAGUGUGUUGUUAACAGAGUGUAUCCGUGUCUGUGUGAAAGAAGAGGAUCACUACUUCUCCAUGUUCCUGCGGCUGCAGCACACAUAUGAGCUCAUGCAGCAGCUUGCAGACUAUUCCAUUGCACGUAUGUUCGACAAGGAGACCUACAAUACACAACAUCCACUCAGGGACCCACUACACAUUACUCAAAGGUCUCUGGAGGCACAUAUGAGGAGUCAGGCUUUCCGCUCGUUCUUUCGUCUUCCACGCAAUGAAAAUUUGUGUGAAGUGCACGAGUGUUUUCUCUGGCUGCCAUUCAGUCACACACACACACUUGGGAAGAUCUGUGUGUCUGAGAGAUACGCAUGCUUUUCUAGCCAGGAUGGAAACCAGUGUACUGUCAUCAUACCCCUGUGUGAGGUGGUGAGUGUGGAGGUCCUGAACCGCAGCAGUCGUGCACUGAGUGUGUGUGUACGCGGUAAACGAGCUUUCCGUUUCUCAGAGGUUCGUGAUUUGGACCAUUUGGCCUCCACCAUUCGCAAGUGUGUGACAUCAUCAAGUCCUCAGCAUUCCCACAGUGCUCAGCUCUCUCUGUGUGAUGAUGAGGAGGAGAUGAUGGUGGGCCAGGUUCUGGUUCCGGUUCCAGCCGUCAGCACUGAGGCUCUAAUGAAUGUUUUUCAUCCACAUGAUGCUGAAAAUCUCGACCCAAAAAUGCUGAAGGAGCGAAUGAAGGAGCAGUCGUGGCAGAUCCAUUUUGCAGAGUAUGGCAGAGGAAGUGCCAUGUUCCGCACCAGGAAAACGAGGGAGCUCGUCGCCCGCGGACUUCCAGAAACACUGCGUGGAGAGCUGUGGAUGCUCUUCUCAGGUGCAGUUAACGAAAUGGCUGCACACCCCGGGUAUUAUGCGUCUCUGGUCGAUGAAAGUGUUAGCAGUUCGAUAGCGUGUGAUGAGAUUGAGCGUGACCUACACCGGUCACUCCCUGAACACCCAGCUUUCCAGAGUGACCGUGGCAUAUCAGCACUACGCAGAGUGCUAACAGCAUAUGCUAACCACAACCCUGCUAUUGGCUACUGUCAGGCGAUGAAUAUCUUGGCCUCUGUGUUGUUGCUGUAUGCGAGUGAGGAGGAGGCGUUCUGGCUGCUUGUGUCUGUGUGUGAGAGGAUGCUGCCAGAUUACUUCAACCGUAGAAUUAUCGGUGCCCUGGUGGACCAGGCAGUGUUUGAGGAAAUGAUGCGUGAUCACCUGUCCCAGCUGACAGAUCACAUGACUGAACUGUCCUUCCUCUCGUCACUGUCGCUCUCAUGGUUUCUGACGCUCUUCAUCAGUGUGUUAGCGAUCGAGAGCUCGGUCAGUGUGCUCGACUGUUUCUUCUACGAUGGAAUCAGAUUCAUCCUCCAGCUCGCCCUCACUGUCAUACACCACAACAUGUCCCGCCUCCUCCGCUGCCAUGACGACGCUGAGGCUGUCACUGCCCUCAACAGGUUUUUUGACGGUGUGGUGAAUAAGGACAGUCCACUUCCAGCCACUGUACAGCAGGCCACUGCAGUGACCAAUCACAGGGCAGAUCAGGAUACUGUUGACAUCAGCGACCUCAUCAGAGAGGCCUAUGAGAGAUUUAGUGAUAUUACGUGGGAGGAUGUGGAGAACAUGCGCAAACGCAACAAACUGUAUGUCAUUCACACACUUGAAGAGACGACGAAACAAAAUGUUUUGCGAGUUGUUGCCCAGGAUGUAAAGUUUGACAUCUCUCAUCUGGAGGAGCUGUACUUACUGUUUAAGAGGCAGCACUUCCUCAGCUGUUACUGGUCAGUGUGCAGUCCCGCACUGCAGAAUCAUGACCCGAGUCUGCCGUAUCUGGAUCAGUACCAACUGGAUCUGGACCAGUUUAGCUCACUCUUCACCUUACUGUUACCAUGGAAACAUGCCCACAAACACACUCUGGUGCACUCAGCGUUCCAGCUUGCGGACGAUAAUGGAGACGGACUGGUCAACUUUAAAGAGUUCAUAAGUUUGUUGGACAUCCUCUACAAUGGUUCAUUUACAGAAAAGCUGAAGUUUCUCUUUAAGCUUCAUCUUGAUCAAGCAGAUGCUCCUGUCUGUAAGGCUUUAAGGUCUCAUGCCUCUCCUGUCCCUGCUGAAGGUCUCUCUCUCUCUACUCGUCUUUCUGAGCAUGCUGAUGAUGGAGUGAUAAAGAAAAGUCCAGAACGAGCUCGUGGGAAGGUGGAUCUGCAGGAGUACCUGAAACAGUGGCAUGAUGAAUUACAGAAGAAAGAGGAGAACAUCAAAGACCUGCCUCGGAUUAAGCAGGCCGAGUUUGUCCUCCUGUCUAAGACUCUGUACAACAUUUUCCACGGUGAUGAGGAGGAGGAGCUUCUGUAUCGUGCUGUUGCUCGGGUAACCAGCUUGCUGCUGCGGAUGGAGGAGGCGGGGCGCAAACUGCAGAACAGCCCGUCCAGACCCGCUCCACAGGCCACACCCCAGGCACCACAGACCACACCCACAACACAACAAGAAGGCAACAUUUCCCCUCAGACACCCAGCUCUCUGACCACUGAUCACUCCCCUUCUCCUGAUACAGGCUCCGCCUCCUCAGAUACAAGCAGCCCUACAGGGACAGGCAGCUCCGCUCAGACCACACCCCCAGACACGCCCUCUUCUUCAGAUGUGAGCAGUGAUUGGAGUUUCUCAUUUGAGCAGAUUCUCGCAUCUUUACUGAAUGAACCCUGUGUUGUAACGUUCUUCGAGAGGACCACAGACACACACACACUCAUCACGUACGCACACACACACCAGCUCACAUCUGCUCUCUGAACACACUCAUCACACACACACUCAUCACGUACGCACACACACACCAGCUCACAUCUGCUCUCUGAACACACUCAUCACACACACACUCAUCACGUACACACACACACUCAUACACAUCACACACACACUCCUCACGUACACACACACACACCAGCUCACAUCUGCUCUCUGAACACACACACACUCAUACACAUCACACACACACUCCUCACGUACACACACACACACCAGCUCACAUCUGCUCUCUGAACACACACACACACACACACACUCAUCAUGUACGCACACACACACACCAGCUCACAUCUGCUCUCUGAACACACACACACACACUCAUCACGUACACACACACACACCAGCUCACAUCUGCUCUCUGAACACACACACACACACACACACACUCAUCACGUACGCACACACACACCAACUCACAUCUGCUCUCUGAACACACACACACACGCACACAUCACACACACCAGCUCACAUCUGCUCUCUGAACACACACACACACACACACACACUCAUCACGUACACACACACACACCAGCUCACAUCUGCUCUCUGAACACACACACACACGCACACUCAUCACGUACACACACACACACCAGCUCACAUCUGCUCUCUGAACACACACACACACACACACACACUCAUCACGUACGCACACACACACCAACUCACAUCUGCUCUCUGAACACACACACACACGCACACAUCACACACACCAGCUCACAUCUGCUCUCUGAACACACACACACACACACACACACACACACACACUCAUCACGUACACACACACACACCAACUCACAUCUGCUCUCUGAACACACACAUCACACACACACUCCUCACGUACACACACACACACCAGCUCAGAUCUGCUCUCUGAACACACACACACUCAUCACGUACACACACACACACCAACUCACAUCUGCUCUCUGAACACACACACACUCAUCACACACACACUCAUCACGUACGCACACACACACCAACUCACAUCUGCUCUCUGAACACACACAUACACAUCACACACACACUCCUCACGUACACACACACACACCAGCUCACACCUGCUCUCUGAACACACACACACACGCACACAUCACACACACACUCCUCACGUACGCGCACACACACCAACUCACAUCUGCUCUCUGAACACACACACACACACUCAUCACACACACACACCAGCUCACACCUGCUCUCUGAACACACACACACACCAGCUCACAUCUGCUUUCUGAAUGCGCGCACACACACACACUCAUCACACACUCAUCAUGUACGCACACACACACCAGCUCACACCUGCUCUCUGAACACACACACACACUCAUCACACACAUACACACACACACACACUCAUCACACACACACACACACACUCAUCACGUACGCACACACACACACACCAGCUCACAUCUGCUCUCUGAACACACACACACUCAUCACACACACACACUCAUCACACACACAUCUGCUCUCUGAACACACACACACACACACCCUGUUAGGAAAGCUGUCUGUUUUGAUAAAUCAGUUACAAAUCUGAUCACAUUAGCAUUGAUGAAUAUGCAAAUGAAGCACUGAUCUGAGACAGAAGUGAGUUUCUGAGUUAGAUGAGGAGUUGUCUCCUGUGUGUGUGUGUGUGUGUGUGUGUGUGUGUGAGUGAAUGAGAGUCAGGUGUUGUGUGUAAUGUGUUAUGCUUUUGUCAGUUUUAAAUAUUUAAAUGAACUUGUGUGUUAUACAGUGUUACUAUGCUGUUGUGUGUGUGUGUGUGUGUAUGGGAUGAUUUAUGAAUAUUAAUUAGCAAGAAACCUCCAAAGUGCUUCAGCAGAUUUAUGUGACUUGGCUGAUUAGCAUAAUUAUCAUUUAAUCACUGAUUAUUAAUGAAUCUUUUAUUUUUUAAAGAUAAUUAUUUAUACCAAAAAUCUGAACAUUAGUAACAGAUUGUUUUUAUCUACUCUUAGCUUAUACAUAUUAUACAUAAGAUCUGUAAAUUGUUCAUUAAUUAUGAGCACACACACACAACACACACACACACAACACACACACACACACACACACACACACACACACAACACACACACACACACACACACUAGAUAUUUUGCCAUAACAAUAACUGACAUUCUGUUGAAGAGACAUGUACUGUAUAUAGAAUAUGUAAAUGAACUUGUUGCCAAUCAUGAAUAUAAUCUGGAGAUAUUUGUCAUGUGACCCGUGAUGAUCAGAGUCAGGGUUCGAGUCGGGUUCUAAUGAUUUGUGUGUUUUAAACAGCUCAAUGUGGCACUGACAUCAUCAUCAUAUACGCAUUAUAUUCUCACAGAUUUUUUUUAAGCCUUGAUGUAAAAUUUUUGCAGCAGCUUUGUUAAGCUCUAAAGAUGCAUUUUAUCCACGCACACACACACACACACACACACACACACACACACACAUCAGGAUGUUUGUAAUGUUUUAGUGUAGUGUGUCUGUGUGUUUUGUGUUUUAAGCCACUUUAGCAGAUGUGAUUUAUGUAACCUGUAAUAAAAUAAAGGAGAAAAAUAAAAUGAAUGAAGGGAACUAUAAUGAA